AUGUUCAAGUUUAAAGGAGGGACAAGUAUCAACAUCAACAGCCAUGAGAACCAAAACCCCGACCCGAUAGUAGCUAUCUAUCCACAAAAGGCGGCAGAAGAUGCCCCAUACUCAUUAGCAGAAGCGGGCCUCCGUUCAGCCAUUUUCAUACCCGCAGAUUUCAGAUUCGGCUUGGAUGGGAAGACGCCUGUUGUGCUGGUCCCGGGCACAGGAUCAUUUGGAGGCGAAGCGUUCCAGCAUAACUUUGCAAAGCUGCUGCGUGGAAGCUCAUUCGGAGAUCCAGUUUGGUUGAAUGUCCCUGGAAGGAUGUGUGAUGCUUCACCGAAGAAUGCAGAGCAUGUUGCUUAUGCUAUCAAUUACAUCUCAACGGUCUCGAACAAGCAGGUAGCAGUCAUUGCUUGGUCACAGGGUAACCUCUCCACUCAAUGGUCACUCAAGUAUUGGCCGAGCACUCGUGCCCAAGUGAGCAAUUUUAUCUGCCUCUCGGCAGAUUUUCGAGGAACGGUCAAUGCCUGGGGUUUAUGUCCCAUCCCAGGGACAGUGCCUGGCACCCCAGCUGUCUGGGCGCAAACCAGAAACUCGAAAUUCAUCGCAGCUCUUCGAUCUAAUGGUGGCGAUUCGGCAUACGUCCCGACAACAUCAAUAUACUCCGCGACAGAUGAAGUUGUACAGCCCCAAUUUGGUUCCUUUGCAUCUGCCUUGAUGAAGGAUGAACGCAAUGUCGGAGUGACCAAUUGUGAAGUGCAAGUACAAGCCAGAUUCACACCGGCGGGACUUGCAUAUUCUCAUGAGGGAAUAAUGUAUCACCCCCUAGCCUGGGCGCUGACGGAGGAUGCUCUUACUCAUGGUGGGCCAGGUUCUUUGACCCGGAUCAACUUGAAGUCGGUAUGCAUGCAUAGGAAAGCACCUGGGCUAAGCCUUCUCGACGCGACACAAACUCAGGCUUUGAGUGGUUGGUGCUUGAAGAGUAUUCUCCUCUUCACCCCAAAGCCUUGGCGUGAGCCUGAACUUCCCAUAUUUGCCGCCGCGGAAGAGACUACAUAUGUCCCUGAAGUCAUUGAUGUUGUUGUUCCGCCCGUACCAGCACCAGCCGUAGCUGAGAUAGCUAUGCCUGGUGCUUCCAGCGCGUGA